CCCAACCCGACGGGAGAAGCUGCGGCCGCGACCUUUCCCCACGUGAGGAGCGCUGGGGUGACACCAUCCGGGUUCUUGUCGGCUCGGGCGGCCGGGACAGCCGGGAGCGCGAGGGUCUGCCAGAAGCAGCUGGAAGGUUCCAGAGAGAGAGAGCGAGAGCGCGCGCGCCCGAGGGGGAUGCCGCGAGGCCGAGGCAAAGCCGGCGGCGGCCGGGAGCUCCCGCAGGACGACGAGGACGAGGAGCAGUGGCUGGACGGAGAGGAGACGGCGGCGCCCCCACCGCCCAACCAGGAGGUCCUGAAAAAAGGGAAGAAAGAUAAGAAGGCCAAGAAAUCGUUCUUUGAGGAGCUGGCAGCUGAUGAUAAGCAAAUUAAAGCAGAAGAGGCAGUCAUCCUAGAACAGCAGCAACAGAAGAAAAAACGUGAUAAGAGAAAAGAACGGAACAAAAAGAAAAAGGAUGAGGAUGUUGACGAUGUGAUUGAGAAUCUGAGUAAGCUCUCAGUGCCAGCCAGUGAUGAGGAGGAAGAGGAAGAAAUAAAGCCAAGACGAGGUAAUAAAAAGAUGGGGAACAAAAAGAUGAGUGGCAACGUCUUUGCAGCUCUCAGCCUUGAGCAGAGUGAAAGUGAAGACAAUGAUGAGGACGACGAAACCGAAAGGCAGCCAUCCAAAACUAACAAAAAUCAGAAAAAUAAGACUGCAUUGAGUGAGAAUCUGGGUAACCAGAAGCAAAGCAAAAAGAAAAAAAGAGAGAGUUCUGAGGGUAAACCACAGCCUGUACCUGAGGAAGGUAACAAGAAGCAAGGUAAAAAAGGCAAUAAGGAUGAAAGAGGAAAAACAAAUGAGCAAAAGGUAGAAUCUGAAGAUGAAGAAGAAAAGUCAAGCAAGAAAAGUAAAAAGGUGGAGAAAUCAAAAGCAAAGCAAAAGGCAUUCUCUGACAACGAUGAGGAGCUAGAGGAAGAGCAGGAAAAGUGGCCUAAAAAAGGAAAAAACACAAAAGCUAAAGGAAAGCACAAGCCUGUAAAUGCCUUUGCUGCCCUAGAAGUGGAGGAGGAGCUGGAGGAAGAUGAAGAUCUGGAUGUUGAGAACGAAGGGGAUAUAUCCCAGUCAAAGGGUUCCAAAGACAAUUCAAAAGUCAAGAUUGAAGCUAGUGAAGACGAAAUGGAAAUGGAUGAAAAGGCUGCGAAGGAGAAGGCAACAGAUGACAAAUAUGCCAAUAUGAGCAAAAAGGAGAAAAAGAAACUGAAGAAACAGAUUGAAUUUCAACGUCAAGUAGACAUCCUGAAAUCUUCAAAUGAUGCCGAGGGUGACUUCUCUGUAUCGCAAGCUGAACAAUCAUCAAGACAAGCCAUGUUGGAGAAUGCAUCAGAUAUCAAGCUGGAGAGGUUUAGCAUUUCAGCUCAUGGGAAAGAGCUCUUCAUCAAUGCUGACCUACUCAUUGUGGCUGGUAGGCGAUAUGGUCUAGUUGGACCCAAUGGCAAGGGUAAGACAACACUGCUGAAGCACAUUCAAAACAGAGUGCUGAAUAUACCUCCUAACAUUGAUGUGCUGCUUUGUGAACAAGAGGUAAGGGCUGAUGACACAGCAGCAGUCGAUGCUGUUCUGAAAGCUGAUACGAAGCGGCUAAAACUUUUGGAAGAAGAAAAGCAGCUUCAGGCUCUCUUAGAGAAGGGAGAUGAUCAAGCUGGUGAGAGGCUGCAAAAGGUAUAUGAGGAACUGCGAGCUACAGGUGCUGCUGCUGCAGAAGCUAAAGCCCGUCGGAUCCUGGCUGGUCUGGGCUUCACUCCUGAGAUGCAGAAUCGGCCCACUAAGAAAUUCUCUGGAGGAUGGCGAAUGAGAGUGUCAUUGGCUAGAGCCCUGUUUAUGGAACCCACAUUAUUGAUGUUGGAUGAGCCCACAAACCAUCUGGACCUUAAUGCAGUCAUUUGGCUUAACAACUACCUUCAAACCUGGAAGAAAACUCUGCUAAUUGUGUCCCAUGACCAGGGCUUCCUCGAUGACGUCUGUACAGAUAUUAUUCAUCUGGAUGCACAAAAGCUCUUUUACUACAGAGGGAACUACAAUACCUUUAAGAAGAUGUACCAACAGAAACAAAAGGAACUGCUGAAACUUUAUGAGAAACAGGAAAAAAGGCUUAAAGAUCUAAAGGCGGGAGGCAAGUCAACUAAGCAAGCGGAGAAGCAGACAAAGGAGGCCCUGACACGCAAACAGCAGAAAUGUCGGAAAAAGAACCAGGAUGAGGAGUCAAACGAAGCUCCUGAGCUUCUGAAAAAGCCUCGUGAAUACACUGUAAAGUUUACAUUCCCAAAUCCUCCACCACUGAGCCCUCCAAUUCUUGGACUGCAUGCUGUUGAUUUUGCUUAUGAAAACCAGAAGCUGAUUUUCAAAAACCUGGACUUUGGUAUUGACAUGGAUUCCAGAAUCUGUAUUGUUGGACCCAAUGGAGUUGGAAAAAGUACUUUGCUACUCCUGCUCACUGGAAAGCUGACCCCUACUGCUGGUGAACAGAGAAAGAACCACAGACUGAAAAUAGGUUACUUCAACCAACAGUACGCUGACCAACUCAACAUGGAGGAGACAGCAACAGAGUAUCUCAUGAGAAACUUCAACUUGCCAUACCAGGACGGGAGGAAAUGUCUUGGUCGUUUUGGCCUGGAAAGCCAUGCCCACACUAUCCAAAUCAGUAAACUGUCAGGUGGUCAAAAAGCAAGAGUAGUGUUUGCAGAAUUAGCCUGCCGACAGCCUGAUGUACUCAUUCUGGAUGAACCCACAAACAACCUGGAUAUUGAAUCCAUUGAUGCUUUGGCUGAUGCAAUUAAUGUCUACAAAGGAGCUGUAAUCAUUGUGAGCCACGAUGCCCGACUGAUCACUGAGACAAACUGCCAGCUCUGGGUAGUGGAGGAAAGGACAGUAAACCAGAUUGACGGCGACUUUGACGAUUAUAAGCGUGAGGUGCUGGAAGCGCUUGGAGAGACCAUCAACCGCAAGCAGAAGGAUUGAGACCCCAGGAAUGUGGGUUAAAGUCCUAGCCAUCAGAACAAUAUUGAGAAUGAAUAGCGGGACUCAACAAAACAAAAUUGCAACAGGCUGGGGAGCCUAGUCUAUUCAGAAGCCUCCUAUUGGGAGAUGCACAAAUUAUCUAAGUCAUUCUGCAGGCUUCUACCUGAUGUUGUCUUUAGCCAUUGAUGGGGAAAUAUGCCAAACAAAGAACUAUUUUCAUUCAAUGACCUACAAGUUUUCACUUCUCUUUAGUGUGGCACUGUGCCGUCUGGAUAAAAAGAUGAUAAAAUACUGAAAAUAUUAAAAUAAUGUUGGUCACGGACAGGUCAUUCAGCAAAUGGAAAAAGAUGCAGCAGAUGCAAUCCUCUGGAUUGGCCCUUCAGAACCGAAUUCUGAAUUUGAAGUAUUUGCCUCUGCUUUCCAGAUACUGAAAGUUCUGCUAUGCCUUUUGAGCAAUAUCUGUUGUUUUACUGUAUAAAGUCAGGGAAGCCUUUCAGAUUUCAGUUCAGAGGUGGGUCCCUUAUCUUGGCUAGUGCUUAGUUCUUUUUCGAUAGAGUGUAGCAGCAGAGCGUGUGAAGCUGCUCCUUGACAGCUCAGUCGGACUUUUUCAGUCCCAUUUCACACAAGGGUGAUUUAGAAUGGCACUAUGAAAGGUGCAGUGAUUGGUUUCUGUUAUGCUGACAGCAGACUUUGUGGCAGAGUUGACUACCUUCAUGGGCUGCAGGACAUAUUUGAAAUGAAUUAACUAGAAGCUAAACCAGUCCCAAAGACCUCCACGGCAGCAAUAGCAACAAUAAGCUGUUGAUGAGCGGAGUCAAAAGAAAAUUGAUUUUGGAUGUAAUUUAAUUCCCAACUAUGAAAAUAAUUUCACAAUGAAAUUGUACUAUAAUGGAACAUAGGAAUAGUAGGCAUGUGACAUUGCUUUUUGACAGCAUCAUCUCAACAUUUAUUUAAUCUACAUUUACCCAAAAGGGAAAUCAGUCCUGGGAGUUAAGUCUAUUUGCUGUUUAUCAUUCGGAGGAGCACAAGGCACAUCCAGUUAUUUGUCUUAAUGGCUGUAAAGCUAAGUGCAGAGACUGAAGAUGGAUUUUCACUUGUUUUGGAAGUAUCUGGGACUUCAAUAUAAAAAAUAUGUUGUCUUGCC